GACAUUUUUGUUGCCCCCGUGCUCGACCAAAGGCGCUGCACUUUGAUACAUGGCAUGGAUACUCAUCCAUUAGUGUUGGCUUGGAUGGCUGACUAAGCCCCGCCCCCCCUCCAAGACGCCUCCGCGUACCCUGUCAUCAGACAAGCCGUUGCCUUUCACACCCAGCGGGCGAUCUCCAGGCAGAUGAACUUCCAGAGAACUGGACCGACACGCGGGAGACCAUCGUAGAGGGCAUGACCUUUAACCUCCGUCACCUCGGCAUGACACUCGUGGACCAGCCCAAGGGAGAGGACCUGUCAGCCGCGGCGGUAAAGAGGAUCGUUGCCACGUCCAAAGCCGGCGGGAAGAAGCCUCAGAAGGUCGCCCUCAAGGUUUCCCCUGGGGGAAUCGUCCUGCACGACAGCUCCACCAGCAAGCUCCUGGAGAACGUCUCCAUUUACAGAAUAUCCUACUGCACGGUGGACAAGCUGCACGAUAAAGUGUUUGCCUACAUCGCUCUGAACACCCUCAAUGGGACCCUGGAGUGCCACGCCUACCUCUGCUCCAAGAGGAAAGUGGCUCAGGCGGUGGCUCUGACGGUAGCACAGGCCUUCUCGGUGGCUUUUGAACUCUGGCAAGUGGCCAAAGAAGAGAAAGGGAAGAGAGUGAAGUCCGGCUCAGCCGGAGAGGCCAGCAGUAGUUCGGAGAGAUCGAACAGCUUGGGGAGCCUGAAGGGGACAGAUGUUGCCACCGACAACCUGUUGGACUUUGAGGACACUGGGAAUGUGGCGGCGGAGACCAAUGAGAGCGUAGAGGAGGGUCAGCUGCAUAACCAGCGGCCCUCAGAGACCAACAACAACCCGGCCCGUGAGACAGAAGAUGGUUUGGAUGAAGCCUUCUCCAGACUGGCAGUAUCGCGUACUAACCCCCAGGUCUUGGACAUUGGGGUGACACCCCAAGACUGGCUCACCGAACCCGACUGGGACGCCGCCAAUGGAAACACCCCCAAUGGAAACUCCCCCAAUGGAAACACCCCCAAUGGAAACACCCCCAAUGGAAACACCCCCAAUGGAAACACCACCAAUGGAAACACCCCCAACGGCUUCAGUCCGUCAGGGGACGAUAUCUUUGACUUCUGACCGGAGAGAGAACACAACCGGGUGGGGGGAGGGUGGGGGUGUCUCUGUGUCUUCCUAUGAAUUAACAAGGCAUCACUGUGUAUUUAAGGCGAGGCGGCAGUAAGUCCACAAGGGAAGAAGUGCAGAGUCGUGAGAUAACGUGUGGCCUCCUCACCUUGUUGCUGCACUCUUCACGUGGACGAUUCCUCCGUCCUUUAUUGGGGUGAAACAGCACCGCCCGCACACCAAAGCAAUAACAUCCUCGUCGUUAAGGAUCUGUUGUUACGCCGCAAACAUCCUCACAAUCUCACGUCACCCUUUUUGCUUCCAUCCUUCAGUAGUUCUGGGGUCAUACUCUGUGUUUUGUGUGUGUAUUUAUAGAGCUGUAAUUAUUUUUUUAUGGAUAAAGAGUCGAUGUACAGGCCGUAUCGACCGGCCUUAAGGACAAUCGGCCCCACGACGUCUUCAAGUGGACGGAGGUCACGUGAGGGUUCGGCCUGGCGCCACCUUGGAUGUCAGCUGAAGAUUGUUUCAUGUCCUUAAACAUGUGGAAAAUCAAGCUAGUCGUUGUAUUUAUGAGAACCCUUUUCUGUAGCGGCGGCUCCUUCGGGACAUUGUUGUUACAGGAAGUUACACUGCAGUGUUAACGGCCCUCGAAAGGAGUUCAAGGUCAUCAGAUUCCGUUGUGGCCAUUUCAUGUACAUUAUAAUCUACCGGCUUUAUAAAGAAUUAAACAUAUAUUCAUGAAUAAAAUAAAAUGUAUGUAUUCAUUUUG